CGAGCGCGCGCCGGGCGGAAGUCGCUGCCCGUUCCGUCCGGCACUGCUCGCGUUGAGGCCCCGCCGCCCGCGGGCCCCCGCAGCCAGGCCCGCAGCGGGUCCCACGCGACCUGCAGUCUGAUGCCCGAGCAACCCCCUGACCACUGGGAAUGGAAUGAGUCUAUGCCCUCCCUCCGGAUAAGUGUGGGGAGCCUUCCUGUGCUGGCGUCCAUGACCAAGGCUGCGGAUCCCCGCUUCCGCCCCCGCUGGAGGGUGAUCCUGCCAUCCUUUGUGGGUGCCGCUGUCCUCUGGCUGCUCUACGCCCACCGCCCGUCCCCAGGCAGGCCGCCCUCCCACGUCGCACACAGCUGGAGGCUCAGCCAGGCACCUGCCGAUCGGUACAAUGACACCUACCCUCUCUCUCCCCCCCAGAGGACGCCGGGGGGGAUCCGGUACCGAAUUGCAGUCAUCGCUGACCUGGACACGGAGUCAAGGGCCCAAGCAGAAAACACCUGGUUCAGUUACCUGAAGAAAGGCUACCUGACCCUGUCAGACAGUGGGGACAAGGUGGCCGUGGAGUGGGACAAAGACCACAGGGUCCUGGAAUCCCACCUGGCCGAAAAGGGGAGGGGCAUGGAGCUCUCCGAUCUGAUCAUCUUCAAUGGAAAACUGUACUCUGUGGAUGACCGGACGGGGGUCAUCUACCAGAUUGAAGGCACCAAGGCUGUGCCCUGGGUGAUACUGUCCGAUGGCGAUGGAACUGUGGAGAAAGGCUUCAAAGCCGAGUGGCUGGCUGUGAAGGAUGAGCAUCUGUACGUGGGCGGCCUGGGCAAGGAGUGGACCACCACCACGGGGGAGGUGGUGAACGAGAACCCCGAGUGGGUGAAGGUGGUGGGCCACCGAGGCAGCGUGGACCACGAGAGCUGGGUGUCCAGUUACAACGCCCUGAGAGCCGCCGCCGGGAUCCGACCGCCAGGCUACCUCAUUCACGAAUCUGCCUGCUGGAGCGACACGCUGCAGCGCUGGUUCUUCCUGCCGCGCCGCGCCAGCCACGCACGCUACAGCGAGAAGGAGGACGAGCGUAAGGGCACCAACCUCCUGCUGAGCGCGGCCCCGGACUUCAGUGACAUCUCUGUCAGCCACGUCGGGGAGGUGGUCCCCACGCACGGCUUCUCAUCUUUCAAGUUCAUCCCCAACACCGACGACCAGAUCAUCGUGGCCCUCAAGUCUGAAGAGGACAGCGGCAAAAUCGCCACCUACAUCAUGGCCUUCACACUCGACGGGCGCUUCCUGCUGCCUGAGACCAGGAUCGGAGGUGUGAAAUAUGAAGGAAUAGAGUUUAUUUAAAUUUUAAAAAUUAAGAUGUUGAGCAAGUCUGAGGAGUGGACAGUUUUAAGCCACAUAGGGACUCAAAUUUUAUAAAAACCAGAGGACUGCAUUUGUGUUUGGUUUAUUCUUUUCAGAACUACGAGGUGUGUGCCUGGUUUAGAGCUCUCAACACAGGGGUCCAGCCCUGGUGUGGGAAGCAGCCAGUGCGGUGCGGAGGAUCUGAACAGCAGCGCUGUCCGCGCUGCCAUCUGGUGGCCACAGUCGGUCGCUGCAGGUCUUCACUGGGGCCCAUCCCUUUGCAUUCCGCCGUUCCGGUCCUCCAUCCAACUCCCUUUCCUGCCUUUCCAUUUCUUUUGUUCAAUAAAUACUUCUGGCACUGUCACUGUGUGCUACCACGCUGUGCCCCACCCUGGGAACGCAACAGUGUGUGUGAGAGGGCACCUGCCUGUCACCCUCCCCCUUUGCCUCCUACAUUGUGAGCCCCAGGCACCAUAACCACCCCUCCAGGUGCUAGCAAAAGACGACGUUUACACUGCAGGACCUGACACCCGAUGGGCUGAGAGCAAGGCAGACCCCUGGGAACCUGUGCAGGGAAGGGCAUUGCUCAUCUGCUCAUUCCCAAGCCUCCCACAAGACGAUCUGCACCUUGUAGGGCCAUGACUCCGUCUCCUCCCUCCAGGAAGAUUCUGUGGCUCUGUAGCACUUUGCAGUCUUAAUUAUUAACUUAUUUUAAUUAAAGCAAUUUCCUUUCUUAUAAAACGGAAUCACCAAAUCUUAUCACACAGAGUAGAGUCCUGUAGUUAACAGUGGGGUUCCCAGCAGGGGAGGAAUGUGCGGUUAAACAGUUACGGUGGGUAAGCAGUUUAUGAACUUUUCUGAGUCCUUGGCCAACAACAGAUAAGGGAAACGUCAGAAAUUGGCAUGCCUCUUACAACUCUCAUGAAUGACUUGAAUUUUUUACUCCCUGACUCAGGAGUGGGACCCUGGGUUCUGGCAUGCCUGCAGUUGACCCUUGACCCAGGGGCUGCUUUCUUCUGGAGACUGUCGGUGAAUGAGACCUCUCAUUUCCUGGGGGCUUCUUUCUGUGGCCUUUAUUUCUCUUCUGCCCCAGGAGUUUUGCAACCUCUUCUCUGUGGGAACUCUUCAUGCAAGUUUGGUCUUGUAGUUGGUCCCUGUUGUCUCUUCUCCAUACAGCGCUGUGGGUAAAUGCAGAGUGGCAUUGGGGACAGAAGUCAGCUACCAUGCUCCUCCCCGCAGGAGCUACCUCACCCCACGACAUCCCUCAGGAGAGUGCAGAGGCCCCACAAUGGAUGGGUGGUCAGGAAGGACGGUCAGGCCCUGUGUUGGCCGCCAACAGACUUCUUCCACCCUGAAGCUCUAUCACGGCUGCUGGCAGGGAAGCCAGGAAGGGUGCCUCUCCAUGCUAGUUGUCUGUCUCUACCACUGUAAAGCAAGUAGCAGAAGUGGUGAAGACCAGUUACUGAAUGUGACACAUUUGUCUAGAACUCAGCUGUCACUGGGCAUAGCCGGGGAGACACUCAUCUUUUCUAACCUUGCCUGGCUGUGUGCUCUGACCCACCUCCUUGAUAAAUGUCCAUGAUGUUAGGGCUGUGUUAUUUUUAAAAUACAGAUGAAAUUAGGAAGGUUGGAAGAUAGUCACUAAAUUGAGACCUUGCUGAUGAGUUAAUGUCAGCGCCUGAGCCACAGCCUGGUUGCCUGGAAGCAGCGUGGCCUUUUUUCUUUUCUUCCAGAUUCCCCACUGUCAACAUAACAAUU